GGAGAAAAAAGAGGUAGAAGAGAUAGAAGGGAAGAAAGAGAAAGGAGGGUUGGAGGUAUUUGAAGGAGGUGAGAAAGAGGGAGCUAGAAGGCGAAGAGAAGACCUCAGAAGGAGACAGAACCAAGAGUGGGAAAUGUGGAGGGGAAACAGCCCAGGGGGUAACCCUGGCGCAGCCACAGAGGGAACCGGUGGAGAACUGGGGGGACAGGGGAACUGGGGUCUAGAAGAUGCCCCAGACCUCCUGGCCAGGGCCUCCCUGCCCAUCAUGCCUACAUGGCCAUCGCCCCUGGCCUCCUCAGCCCUAACCCUGCUCCUUGGAGCCCUCACUUCCCUUUUCCUCUGGUACUGUUACCGUCUGGGCUCCCAAGACAUGCAGGCCCUGGGGGCUGGGAGUCGGGCUGGGGGUGUCAGCGGAGGGCCUAGGGGAUGCUCUGUAACUGGCAGGCCAAGCCCAGGGAGCUCUGGGGAGCCUGGGGAAGGACCCAGGACAGAAGGCCUAGUGAGCCGUCGCCUGCGGGCCUACGCCAGGCGCUACUCCUGGGCGGGCAUGGGUAGGGUGAGGAGGGCAGCUCAAGGUGGCCCAGGCCCUGGGGGAGGGCCAGGGGUCCUGGGCAUUCAGCGCCCAGGCCUGCUUUUCCUGCCAGAUCUGCCUUCAGUCCCCUUUGUGCCACGGGAUGCCCAGCGGCAUGAUGUGGAGCUCCUGGAGAGCAGCUUCCCUGCCAUUUUGCGGGACUUUGGGGCUGUGAGCUGGGACUUCUCAGGGACAACUCCUCUGCCUCGGGGCUGGUCCCCACCCCUGGCCCCUGGGUGCUACCAGCUCCUGCUGUACCAAGCAGGCCGGUGCCAACCCAGCAACUGCCGCCGGUGCCCGGGGGCCUAUCGGGCACUGAGGGGGCUGCGGAGUUUUAUGAGUGCCAACACCUUCGGCAAUGCUGGCUUUUCUGUCCUCCUGCCUGGGGCCCGGCUUGAGGGUCGCUGUGGGCCCACCAAUGCCCGGGUCAGAUGCCAUCUGGGCCUGAAGAUUCCUCCUGGCUGUGAGCUGGUGGUUGGGGGCGAGCCCCAGUGCUGGGCUGAGGGACACUGUCUAUUGGUGGACGACUCGUUCCUGCACACAGUGGCUCAUAAUGGCUCCCCGGAAGAUGGGCCUCGAGUGGUCUUCAUCGUGGACCUUUGGCACCCCAACGUGGCUGGGGCUGAGCGCCAGGCCCUUGACUUUGUCUUCACACCAGACCCUUGAAGGAACGGGCUCCCUUCAGACAUCUGGGCUGGAGAGAUGCUACACUCAGGGAUGGCUUGAGUGGUAGCCAGGACCUCCUCUCCACUGCGGGGAGGGGGGUGGGGGGUGAGGUUGGGAACGGACCAGCCAACACUGAAAUACAGAUUUUAAAUCCUCUCCUAACUCCUGACUACCUUUUCCUAGCUACCAGCACAGCUCAAGGCUUUGGGCAGGAGUUCCUGUCCUCUCCCAUCCAACUAGCCAAGUACCUCCUUAACACAAGCCAUCUCCCCAGUCCUCUCCCCUGGAGCCAGCACCAGACCCUCAACU